AUGGAUCAUUUACUUGGAACUCAACUUGAACUUGGCCCAACUAUAAUGCAAGCCGUCCAACGAUUGUCUUCGUUUGAACGGACGUUUAUUAUUGUUGCUCGAAUUGCAGAUGCAACUAUGUGGAGUAAUGCACGGCAUGCACAUAAAGCUUGCCAGAUUCUGCUCCCAGAUACAAACAGAGAUCCAGCAAUGGAUGAACAAGAAUCAGUUAUUUGGACACAG